GGAGAGAGGCAGCAAGUGAGGAAGAGCUCUCAGUCGGAGAAGGAAUUCGUCCAAGGGAGCUUCGCUUCUCAGGUCCGCUGCACCUGCUGGAACCAACAGCAUCCCUCCAUGUUCGCCGGCUUAGCGAUGGAUCACGCUUUCCAGACUCGAUCCAUCUGGUCCAGUGACACUAAAUUCCUGCAGCAUCCAACGGAUCUGAACACCAGUGUGGUGGUGACGCGCUGCAUCCCUGCAGGAACGUGCUUUGGUCCGUGCGUCCUUCAAAACACUUUCUACGAAACCAUCGCCUUUAUUGCCCAGAAAUGCAGCGACAAGACGGCCAAGUCCUACAUGUUCAGGGUCGACCCAGAGGCCAUGCGCAAUUCAGCUCUGGUGCUCUCCUGGCUGCGGCUGGUGCAGGCUGCGCGUAACGCAGAGGAGCAGAACGCGGAGGCAUUUCUGAAAGCUGGUCAGGUGUAUGUGCGCACCACGCGGGACGUUCAGUCUGAGGAGGAGCUGCUGGUGUGGUACGACCAGGAGCUGUCCGACCUGCUGGGGUUCACAGACAUGAUCAAAGGGCUGAACGGAGAAUACAAAUGCGGGAGAUGCAACCAGAUCUUCAAAAAUCCGAAUCCAUUCGUGGCUCAUUGCAGAUUUCUGUGCACCCAAUCGAAGAGUGACGCCUGGAACCGUGAGGUCUAUGAGCUCAAGCACGUGGAAAACAAGAGGCAUCACCGAGUGACCGACUUCCACAACAUCGCCAGAGAUCUAGAGCAAAAAAUAUCUGGAGGAAGCGACGAGGCGGAGACUCCCUCCAGAAAGAGAAAGGGCGAAGAUGCUCCGGUCCCCAAGUGGCGAAAAACGGUUCUGUUAGAGAAAACGAAUAUUUCAAACGAUGAAAAUGUCACCCAAAUGGGUAAGAGCUGCGACCAGGCUGCGGAUGACUCCUCCUCCUCCUCCUCAUCUCCUGACAAACUCAAAGCUGACAGGGUCAAAGCAGUUCGUGCGCCGCGAGGAAGCGCUGAUUCAGCUGAAGUUGGGGAAGUCAGCGCAGCUUUUACGCACCAUAAAGUGCUUGACACACGUUUGGGGACAGGGGAAGGAUCUGGUGUGCUUUCGAGCGGCAACAGCGCGUUUUCUCUGGUUCUGUCGAGCAGCCAGGGCGAGCAGAAAAGCGCGUUUUGUAAACCUGGUAAAAGGACAUCUGCUUUGAACCAGCAGAUCCAACUGAGCAGCGCUCCAACAGCCCCCUCUAGCCGCGUGGAUGAGAUCGCUGACGCUUUCACCAACAGGACUAUUCUGGGAUACAACAAUCUGAUGGCAUCCAGCAUCGUGGGCGGUGACAUGCAGACUUUGGCCUCCCCGAUUCCAUUAGGCAACGCUUUCCAUUACGCGCCGGAGCACUGGUCCAGAAACCUCCAGACCACAUCCGCCCUCACGGUCCUCCCGCCGACUUUCACCUCCUCAUUCGGCGUGUCGGUGCAGAACUGGUGCGCCAAAUGUAACCUGUCCUUCCGCAUGACCUCGGAUCUGGUGUUUCACAUGCGCUCUCACCACAAAAAGGAGUUCGCGGCGGAGUCUCAGGUGAGGCGUAGGAAGGAGGAGAAACUCACCUGCCCGAUUUGCCACGAAUACUUCAGAGAAAGACACCACCUGUCGAGACACAUGACUUCUCAUAACUAACAACAACAAAAAAUAUUAAUUUAAACUUGAAGACUUUGAUGUGUAUAAUGAAUGUAUGUAAUUAAAUACGUGUCCGUUACAGUUUGUCCACCAGAUGGCAGCAGAGGAGCGCGUCUUGUCUUGGUGGCCCUGUAUGUUAAGCAGUUUAACAGAUUAUUUUGUGCCUUAUGGGACUCAGGAGGUUGAAAAGAUCUCCGGGAAAGCUGACGAUUGUUGAAAAUGUCUCUGUGCAGUUUCUCCUUUUAUUUAUUAGCUGUUCUUUUUUGGAAUCUUACACAAAGUGUGGCUUGUGUUUGCUUUUAGAAAUCAAAUGUUAUCAAAAAGUUUUUAUCUUGUCACUAAAGAUCAUUAGUAAUUAUAUAGUUGAACAAGCAGCCAAAUGAGUCAAACCUUUAUGCAAUUAUUUUUUGUUUGCUGAAACAUUUUGUAACAAGUACCAACUCAGUGAAGGUCUGCACAUUAUCCACAAGAACAAAUAAAGCUCAAAGUGGAAAAAAAAGAAGAAAGUUUGAUCAGGAGGCUUCAUAAGAGCUCAAGUGCAGAACUUCUGAGAAGUCUUCUUAGCAUACAUCAGUAGUAACCAUUUGCACUUCAUUUUUCUGACCAGUCACACAAUAGUUGUUAGAGAGGAUGCAAAAAAUGAAAAAAAAAAAAAAAAAGGUUUGCAGAAAAAAUUAGAUAUUAUAUGGAGUGUUGUUCAGUGGACCCAACAAAGGAAGAAGGUGAAGGCCCCCUAAAUUGACAUGUUUUCUUAACAGUUUUUAUCAGCUGUAGAGCAUCAUAAUCAAAAUCAAGUACAAUAAACUUUUGAAAAUGAUUUAAUUUUUUUUUUAAGUUGAGAUUUUCAAAUUUUAAUCUGGAUGAACAAACAGAAUAGUUAUUUCAAAGUCCAAAUUAUAGCCAGAAAAUCCAACAUGUUUGUCUUUAAUGAAAAGCCUA